AUGGAGGAUCCAGCCGUAGCUCUCCCCCCGGAGCUGCUCCUCCAAGUGCUGCACUUCCUCGACGUCAACGAUCUGCUUUCUGCUUCUCGAACCUGUCACCACUGGCGAGCGCUCUCGCUUGAUCCGUUGCUGCACAAAUGGCGCUUGGAUGCCUGUUGCAUCCGUGUCCGCCAUCUGCUGCCUCGACGCCCGCUGUUGCACACCCUGCAGCCCCCGAGCUCGACAAUAUACUUGACGCGGACACAUCUUGCUGCGAGGCGUUUGCACUGGUCGCUGGUCUCCAUCCGCCUCAAUCGAUCCCUGCUGCGGCGCCCGAAGCUGUCGACCCUAGUCGCCGCGAACAUCCUCCCCAGGGAGUGCUGUAGAGUCGAUCGUACGUCGGGAGAGUUUGUUUGGGGUGUUGGUGUUGCUGGGGCGCUUGUCGAGCGGAAGCGAAGGGUCGAGAGGGAGCAGAUAAAAGAAGGCUUGCGGGUCUGGCUCGAGCGGAAGGCACGCGAGAUUGUGACGAGCCACAAGAAAGAUGGCAGAGUUGGUGUACUAGUCUGGCGUUUCUCACGCAAGGCGAAAGCAGCGGACACGAGACGAGAUUUGAAUAUCUGUUGUGAAAAGCCAGACAUUGACAAGGAGAAGGUCGGCAGUCUUAGGCGGUUCUUCGAGAGUCUUGGCAACGCCAGGUCCGUGGCCUGA